AUGCAGCCUAGUUGGUCUCUUUCCUUUUGUUACUUCCAUUGUGUGACUAGUUCCUGUUCUGCUAGUUAUGGUAUCAAGAUUAAAUCUUUUCUGUUUAAUUUCUUUGCAGAAUUCUCGUUUGCUGCUAGUUCCUUGAAUGAUGGAUGCUUCAGAUGAUGGGUAUGAGCUUAUCUAUGACUGUCAAUGCAAUGUAUAGAUGGAAAGAUUAUUUCCAAUUUAUGGUUUCUCUUUAUCCAUUAUUCUUUAUACUGAAAGAGAAUUUUAUAAGCAUCGCUUAUGAAUGGGAAUUGGUGCACGGAUAGUUAGCCAUCAGGAAAAGUGGGAAAAACCCUGAUGUAUAGCUGCUCAUUUGCUCUUUUUUCCCUUCUGUUGUAGUUACAAGCCUGGACCGGAUCUUGAGGAGGAUUCUCGCAACCCACUCCUUGAUAUCUCUUUGACAGAUUCAACUGAACUUUGGCUGAUACAGUGGCCCAUAAAUCAGGUAGCUCUGUCAUCUCUGUUUUUUUUUAAUUGUUGAUUGCGUGUCAUUUUCUUCAUUUAUUAUUUUAGAGUUUAGGGUUCUUUCACAGUGAGAACUUUAGCAUCUUAUCGUACUCUUUUGUUUUUAUGAUGCAGUUACAGCCUGAUGAUUUUGAUGGAAAGGAGAUAUCUCUCAACCUCCAUCAAGACGGAGAGUUAGCAAGUGUUGAAACUUCAUCUGGUGAGAGAUCACGUAAACCUGUAAAUAUAUUUUUAAAAAGAUGACAUUUAACAAUCCUUACAUUGAAAUUAACCAAUUAUGAAAUGCGUUUUAUGCACCAGUGUGGGUUAAUGCUGAGGUUUUUCAGUUACUUAUCUUGUGGUUUAGGAUUUUAAUGUAGGUUCUGUGUGAUGUUUUUGUUUCAGUGUUUGUCAGGCAUAGAAACUGUCGGAAUUAAAAACAUAAAAAAGGUAGCAUACUCGAAUCACAAGCAAGUGACUAUUGUAGAGCAAUGGCUUUACAGUUCAUUAAUUGAUUCAUUAUCAAAAGGGAGCUCUUUUUCUCUUUAACUUUUAAAAGGAAUUUAAAAAUAUUCAUUGCUUCCGAUGGGUGUUUUCCAUUUUACUUUUUGAAAAGAAAAAAGUUAUGCAAGAUAAGCAAAUUCGUGCACUGAAGAUCCCUGCUGGUAUAUCAUCAUUCUUCAUGUACGCAAACUUGAAAUAAAUUCAUUAGGAGUUUUAAGUAUAAUCCCUGCUGUUCGCUAUCUUGUUAAUGUUCCCAACUCAUAUGGCAGGGAAGUCCUAUGAUGUGGUCAGCUUUGCAGCUCAAGAACCAGAUGCGACUGUCUUUCUAGGUUCCAGUUCCAAGUCAAAAGUUGGUAGGUAUUACAUAAUUUUUCCCACCGUUAAAGUUUGACUGUAAUUUUUGCCAUAUCUAUCUGCAAAGACUACUUAUGUAAGACACUAGGUUUAUCUGAUAGAUUGUCAAAUGUAACUAUGUAGAGUCGAUAAAUUUCUUACCUACAUCCAUAAUUUCUAACUGGUUAGCAGUCUGUUGUCCAAAAGUUGCUCGUACUAAUCAUUCAUGGCCUACCAUAGAAAUCACUCACAAUGGAUUUGGUUGUCCCUCUCAAAAAGUGUGGCUAACCAGUAGCUUCCUUCCUGUUCGGGUAUCCAAGGAUGCCAAAUCACAUAAAGAUGUUUAAAUGCAGUCAAACUUCUACCCUACUCUCUCUCUCUCUCUCUCUCUCUCUCCCCUCCCUCCCUCCCCCUCUCCCCCCCCCCCUCCCCCUCUCUCCGUAUAUAAUUCUAUCGUUAAUAUGUAUGUGUGCAUGAAUCAUCUCUCUGGCAAUCUAUAAGUCGGUCUGUCCAGACAUUACGGGUACAACACUGACUACUGUAUGGAGGAAAGAAACAUCUGACGUUAGCAUGAGUGUCAUAUUUACGAUACCAUUUGUUUGUGGAUAAUGCUGCAAACCUUAGCAGAAGCUUUUUGGAUGGAAAUCAAAUCAGCCAUUUUCAGUAUGAAAGUACCUAUGAUUCCUUUGAAAGGCAGGCAUAGUGGUGACAGUGGAGACUGUUCUAGUUGAAUGAAACUUGUCAAUAUCAUAACAUGUUGUUUCAUACCCUUCCCUUGGCGUCAAACUUGAUCCUCUGAUGUUUCCACACGAAGAGUUACAUAGAAUGGCAUGAAUUUUCUUUUCACCUGAGUUAUCAUAUGACAUAAGAAGCUUAACGGGCAUUAGAGACCUGGGAUCCCACGGAAUCAUGGAUUAAUUCAAGAUUGAGUCUCUAAAGGAAUUCUAUUAUUGGAACUUAUAGUCUAUCUUCCUGGGUUGUAUAGUCAAUCCUUGUUUCACAGAUCUAAUCGGUUUCAGGGUAUGUGUGAUUUUUACCUCAGGGCAUUUUUCUCUGGCUUCCUUAUAUUUCACGGAAUGUACUCCUUACUGUUAAAGACAGGGCACAAAAUCUGAAGUCCUACUUUCAGACGUUAUUCCCAAUUUUGGAAGGGUCCUGGUUCUGUGUCAGUGGAAGUGACCAUGAUACCUACCUGCAGUUCUUGCUUUUUUGUCAACGCAUCUAAGGGCAUAUAAGAUUUUUAAAUGGUCAUGGCUGUAAUUUCAUCCCUUAAGAAAGAUACCAAGAAACUAAUUGCCAUUGCAUAGGCCCUCAGACUCGCCAGACGAUAGCCUGAGGCAGCUUGUGGGGGGCUACCUUUGAGGAGGGCUGGAGUGCGAGGGUAUGGAAGCUGUAGCCAGGAAAAAGAAAUUUUAGAGAUUGGCAUGAUUGAGGUGAAGAUAUUGCUGACAUAUCUGUCUGUGGUUCCUGAGAUUCUCUUAUGGUAGAAGUGCAUAAUGUGACUGCUAUGGCAAGAAUUUUUCUUAGAUGCAGCCUGUGUAGGAGCCUAUAUCCUGAGAUUGUAUAACUUAUGUUGCUAUUAAUAUUUUUAAGCCUACAUUCUUGGGUCUGAUUGUCUGAGAGAGGAUUCCAUGUCCUGACGGUUGCCGAAAUGAGAUUCUGAUCACUUUCACGAGUAAUGACGCGGGGGGGGGGGAGGAGUAAGUAGAAUAGUACAGUCGAAUUUCCUCGAUGCGAUUGAUGGAAUGACUGUGAGAUCGUAAUCUGCAGUUGCCACGAUUAUCUUCUCAUCUGUUCUCAAGUGAUGCUCCUCUUAAAAUGAAGAUCCUUGGUGGUCCGUGGCGUGGACCUCUUUGUCUCUGCCUAAGAAGCAUAAAGUGUUCCAGAAGUGAUCCAUCCCGUGACACUUUGUAGAGGAGGCUGAAAAAUUCUCAUCGUCACAUCUGCUGCUUACUGCACAAGUGUAACGGCAGGUACCUUAGGUCUUGUGAUACAUCAGGGACUUCAAUCGUCAGAGAUUCUCUAGUCAUCCUUUAAGUGCAAUUUAGAUUCUGUUCUGUUCACCUAAAGCAAUGAAAGUUAACUUCCUAAUGCCACAGCUUGAAUAUUCUACUUUAAACAUUCUUUAGAUGAUUGUUGCUUACAUCAUUUCCAUAUAAUUUUGAUGUUUACAGCCACUCGAAGUUGCUUCCUUCCGAGCAGCGUGGGUUGGGGUUCGCUUUGCUAACUCAGAUCUAGGAUGCUGAAUGUAAAUCAAACGAUAAGUUGAAGCCCUAAUGUUUUGGGAGCUACUUGAAUGAACCUCAAAUCAACUUUGUUGAUGCUCGCCUAAACAUUAUUCCAAAUAACCGGUGGGUAAACACAAAGUCUGAUGUUUUCUCACCUUUUUUUAAUCAAAAUCGCCGGCCAUUUUUCUGAUCUUGGACGGCAUUUAACUGUAUCUUGAAUUUUUUAUGGGUGAUGUAAAGAUGUAAUUCUCGACCUUUUUCUUGAAUUGCAUUUAAUUUUUAUAUCAGAUGGCAAUUAGUUCAUCUUUUUUUGACAUCCACAACAGCAAAUGUGUUUAUCAAUCUUUCUUUCAUGAAAUAUUUUUGAAUAUCUCUCAUAUCUGACCUCUGUUUUGAGGCUUAUCGGCUAUUCUUAUCUUGAAAUUUCGACAUUUUAUCACAUUCAGUGGGAAAAAUCUCUCGCCGGGUUUGUUUCGUUCACUAUCCGGACCCUGAGGAGCUCGAAAAUGCCCGGCCCACCCAUUCCAGCCUUAGCAGCCAGAGAUCCGGGGGUAAUUCGUUCUCCUACCCACAUAAUCUUUUACCGGGAGAUGAAUUGAGUGGCAUCCUUGAACGCUGUUCUUCCCCGGCCCGGUGUCUUCUCACCGGGCAUUAAUGACCGGCAGCCGAUCAACUGAUUUAUUUCGCUGCUGCAGUUUCCGGGCGGAAGGUAUGGAACGCCGCCCAUCAAAGCCGGGGAUCCUCAAAGGAGGGAGGGGAUGCCAUUUACGGCACAUCCCACGAUACCCUUACCUCCAUGGACAGCAUGGGGCCAGGGAGCGUGGAUCACUCUCAACAGUCCAAGCGGAAGAGGCGGAAGGGGGGGGUUGGGACCAGGCCAUCCUAG